AUGUCUGCCUCUCAACCCAUCGCCAUCCUGUCGGUCUACGACAAGACCGGCCUGCUUGACCUCGCCAAGGGCCUCCACGCCCUCGGCGUCCGUCUGCUCGGUUCCGGAGGUACCGCCAAGCUCGUCCGCGAGGCCGGUCUGCCCAUCGGUGACGUCUCGGACAUCACAAAGGCUCCCGAGAUGCUCGGCGGCCGCGUCAAGACCCUCCACCCCGCCGUCCACGGCGGCAUCCUCGCCCAGACCUCCAAGCCCUCCGACGUAGAAGACCUCAAGGCGCAGAGCAUCGAGCCCAUCGACGUUGUCGUUUGCAACCUCUACCCCUUCGAGGAGACCAUCGCAAAGGAGCCCAAGCCCUCCAUCGCACAGGCCACCGAGGAGGUCGACAUCGGCGGCGUCACCCUCCUCCGCGCCGCCGCAAAGAACCACGAGCGCGUGUGGGUCCUCUCCGACCCCAAGGACUACGCCAAGUUCCUCGACAACUACAAGAGCUCCAACGCAGACGCCGCCAAGGCCAACCGCAACCUGCUCGCCGUCAAGGCCUUCUCCCAGACCGCCCACUACGACGACGCCAUCAGCAACUACUACCGCCAGCAGUACGCCAGCCUCGCCUCCAACUCCACCGACGUCGUCCAGCAGCUCCCGCUCCGCUACGGCGCCAACCCGCACCAGAAGCCCGCCCAGGCCUUUGUCACUGCAGGUGAGAUGCCCGUCAAGGCGCUCUGCGGCUCGCCCGGCUACAUCAACUUCCUCGACUCGCUCAACGCCUGGGCGCUCGUCCGCGAGCUCGCCGAGGCCACCGGCCUGCCGGCCGCCGCGAGCUUCAAGCACGUCUCGCCCGCCGGUGCCGCCGUCGGCGUGCCCCUCACCGAGCUCGAGGCCAAGGCGUUCUUCGUCGACGACCUCGGCGCGCUCUCGGGCCUCGCCACCGCAUACGCGCGUGCGCGCGGCGCCGACCGCAUGUCGUCCUUCGGCGACUUUAUCGGCCUCUCGCACCCCGUCGACGUGCAGACCGCCAAGAUCAUCUCGCGCGAGGUGAGCGACGGCGUGAUCGCGCCCGCGUACGAGCCCGAGGCGCUCGAGAUCCUCUCCAAGAAGAAGGGCGGCAAGUACUGCGUCCUGCAGAUCGACCCGCAGUUUGAGCCGUCGGACAUCGAGACGCGCACCGUGUACGGCGUCCAGCUGCAGCAGCGCCGCAACGACGUGAAGAUCACCAAGGAUCUCUUCACCAACAUCGUGUCCGACAACAAGGAGGUGCCCGAGCAGUCGCAGCUCGACCUGCUCGUCGCCACGCUCGCGCUCAAGUACACCCAGAGCAACUCGGUGUGCUACGCCAAGAACGGCCAGGUCAUCGGCCUCGGUGCGGGCCAGCAGUCGCGCAUCCACUGCACGCGUCUCGCCGGCAGCAAGACCGACAACUUUUGGCUGCGUCAGCACCCGCGCGUGCUCAGCCUCCCCUUCAAGAAGGGCACCAAGCGUCCCGAAAAGUCCAACGCCAUCGACCUCUUUGUCGAGGGCACCGAGAACCUUUCGGCCGAAGAAAAGGUCGAGUGGGAGGCCGUGUUCGAGCAGGUGCCUGCGCCGCUCAGCGCCGACGAGCGCAAGCAGCACGCCGACCAGCUCACGGGCGUCGUCUGCGCCAGCGACGCCUUCUUCCCCUUCCCCGACAAUGUCCACCGCGCAAAGAGGAGCGGCACCAGCUUCAUCGUCGCCCCCGGCGGCUCCGUCAUGGACGACGCCUGCGUCGCCACCGCCAACAAGUACAACAUGGUCGUCGUCAGGACCAACCUGCGUCUCUUCCACCACUGA